GGGUAACCGACUAGGCUGUGUCUUAUGGAAUAAGUACAUUAGCCAAUAUCAAGAUUAUAUUAAGGAAAAUGAAGGGGUGCCCGUUUUUGUGAUACUUCAACUCUGCAGACCUAAAAGAUUUCAAGGAACUUUAACUGUGACAACUUCCUUUGAUGUUUCCAAACUCAUCAUCAAUGGAAACACAACCGAGUUUAUAGAGUUCCAAAGCGAAUUUCCUGUAGAUGGUGAUGACACCAUUUCACAGACUUGCCUUACACAAUGCUCACAAGGUGAAGGAAGGGAUGAUGUGCUUAGUGGCCGCGCUGUUCUAACCACUAUGAAGGAUUUGCUGAAAGCUACUGAGGAAGAUGUUUACUGGGUUCUUGCGGAGGUAGUUUCAAUAGAAAACUUUCGGGAAUGGUGCUACUUGGGCUGCCCAACUUGCCACAAAAAGUUAACGCCCGAGGAGGAAAGGUUUAGGUGUACUAAUUGCAGCGUGACUCUAGCGGGCGGGGUUUACCGUUACAAGGUCAGCGUAUGUAUCAUGGACAACACUGGCCAUGGAAAUUUUGUUCUUUGGGACAGAGAGUGUAUUGAAAUUCUUGGGAAAACAUCCUCAAGCCUGAUGGCAGAAGUGGAGAAGAAAACUGGUGAUCCAACAAGAUUUCCAGAAGAUAUUGAAAGCUUGGUGGACAAGAAGGCCAUAUUCAAAAUACAGUUGAAGAAGAAAAGUGAAGAAAAUGCCUACAGAGGCGGGAUUUCGUUAGGAGUGCUUAGUAUGAUACAAGAUCCUAAUGUUUUGGCAAUGUAUGAAGGAAAGCAGGACAUUGGAACAGAUGAGAGCGAUGAGAAGACUCCAGAAAAG